CUUGGGAGAUGAUGCUCUGCAUCUACGGCUUCCCCACCAACGUUGCCGCCCUCCAGUUCGAGUGGGCGUGGCAGCACCCAACCGAGUCGCUGGUCGUUCGCAAGGCAGCCGCCGAAUUCAAGUCGCUCGGCGGCAUCGGCAACAAGGUCAAGCUCGCCUACACCAUGCUCAACCUCUUGAAUCUCACGGUGAACUUCUUCUCCACCAAGAAUACCAAGUUCACCGCAGGCUGCCCGGCCCUCCCCUGCCACAUGAAGACUAUCGUUAGCCCGAUGGAGGAUCUCCCUUGCUACGUCCAGGGCCUUUCAUCCGAGGACGAUAUUAUGGAGCCUAGAGAGGAUGAAGAAGAACCAGAUGCGGCUGUUGGCGGUGAUGCUUCUGAUCAUGGUUUGCGGACACUGGAUUUGGGAACCGGAAUUGUAGGAGGUGAAUCAAACACUGAUGAGUUUUUUGUUCCGAUGGAAUGGAGUGAGGUCUUUGCAUCAAGAAUUUAAGAAUCCUCUGCAGCCCAACCAGUGGAAGAAGAAAACAGAAUAGC